GCGCGAGUUCUGAAGAGAACCAGCUUCGUUUGGGACUCACUCGCGGGUGUCUGGGUUGCUUUCGGCUCUGAAUCAUGGCUAGCCUUUGCGUCUUCUUGGUGUGCUCGUUGCUGCUGCUACUACUAGAGAGUUCAUGUGCCCAGGAGACCCCACUGACAGGGAGUACAGAUAUUUGUUUGCAGCCACCCCUUAAAGGACCCUGUCGGGCCAUACAUUACAGGUGGCAUUAUGACAGAUAUUCACAAACCUGCAAGCAAUUUACGUAUGGGGGCUGCAAAGGGAAUGACAACAAUUUCUUAGAUUUUACAGAGUGUUCAGAAACAUGCAAACGGAUCAAAAAAGUGCCCAAAAUAUGCAGGCUGGAAAAUGACCCAGGAAUAUGCCGAGGUUACAUUGCAAGAUAUUUCUUUAAUCUCAGAACGAUGAGAUGUGAAAAGUUUUAUUAUGGAGGAUGUUUUGGAAAUGAAAACCGAUUUGACAGCCCAGACACCUGCAUGGACUUCUGUUUGCCAAGAAGAACUGCUCCUUCAUUUUGUUACAGUCCAAUAGAAGAAGGAUCAUGUUCAGCUUCAGUCUCUCGCUUUUAUUACAAUGCUAGGACAAAAACAUGUGAGAGGUUCACCUACUCUGGCUGUGGCGGCAACAAUAACAACUUUACCACAGAAAAAUCCUGUCUCAGGAUCUGCAGGAGAAGAACCAGGAAGCAAAUUUUGUGAGACCAAAGAAAUGGAUGAAUACAAAAAAUCUCUCCAGCAAAUGAAUGCUGCACAGUUUCCUAAAUCUGAGAAUCUGAACUAUUUGAAUUUACUGGGAGCUAUAAUUUAUUACCUUAUUAUAUACAGAAAAUAUUAUGAUCAUUUCUCAAAUAUAGGAAAUUACUAUUGUGUAAUUUUAAUUCAUUAUAAUACCAUUGAAGGCAUGUUAUAUAAUUAUAGACUCUUCUUCCCUUUUUUGUAAUCGUUCCUCAGUUGAUUAACCAUCUGGGUUCUAGUAGCCUCGCAUGAUCGCUGUUCUGUUGGAGUGGGUAAAAGGGCAAAAUAAUAAUAAUUCUUCAUUUCUAGUCUUGAAAGCAGCUGUGCUAUCAUGAGGCCUGAGGAGCUAACCUAAGUGCUGAUCAGGUCUGGUGGAGUGAGUUGUCUAGACAGUAAUCCAACUGGUCCAAUCUGAUAUAAAGGUGUUGGGGACUAGAGGCCUGGGAUGACAUCCAUCAUCUCAGAUGUUUGUAGUAGUCAUGCCUAAACAUCGGACAGAAGGAGAAGGGGAGAAAGAAAAGGAAGAAAAAAUCUGUUCAUGGAGUGAAUGGAACGGCUGAAGAGAAAGUUGUAAAGAGAUAUAAUGUGCAGAAUAGUUGUUGGUUCAUAGUCGAAAAGGGAGAAGAAAAGUCCAUGGGUGGCUUCUCUGGAAAAACAGAAGUGAAGACCCAGAAGGAUAAAAGCUUCCCCAAAUGCUUAGAAGGGAAGGAGAACAUCAGUUAUUGGACCAAAGCCCUAGUUUAUCCCCCAAUGGAGAAACAUGGCUGUUCAGCUGAGCAGUUCCAGGAGAAAGUCAACCCACACUGAGUGCACUACUACAGUAAAUUCCAGUCAAUUCAUUUGUUUUACUCUUUCUCUUGUCAAUCCCAAAAAUGAGGGAAGAAGACAGAAAGAAAGGGUGAAGGAGAGUUAGGAAGGGCUUGUCUCUGGGAGGAAGAUCUAGGAGGAAACCUGCACUUGGUGAAUGCCAGUACUGUGUUAAAUUCUGCAUAAUUGAGAUUCUGAAUUAUGGGUUGUUCCAAGGUUCCUUUUCCAAAAAGCAUCUGGACUUUCUUGGUUUAUUCCUCGAAAAUGUUUCACUUCUCAUCCAAGAAGCUUCUUCAGUUCCGGCUGAAUGAUGGGGAAUGGAAGGGUUUAUAUUCUUAGCAGUCAUCUGGUUGUUAGCACUCUUGAGGGUUGGUCAUUUAGCUUUCUGAGAAUAAUCGAGGCCACUUAUCUAUAUCCUCAGAAUCAGAGUGCAAACGAGUUUGGAGCAUUUUUGGGACUGUUGUAUAUUCUAUUGUCAUAAAUACCUGCUGUGAAUAAAUUCAUUAUACGUGAUUUAAAAAGCAAAAUGCCUCCACUGUCUUAUUUCUUU